GGUGUGGGCUAGGCUUUGGAGAACGACGCGGCCAGUACGAUCUAGGAGAGGAUCGGGUGUUACUAGGCCAAUGGAUUUUGUUGAGAUUUGGCGCCAGUGAUUUACGAACUUAGCCCAUUUGGACGUUCUGCUGGUUUUUACCUUUCUCAAGGAAUGUAUAAUAAUGGGAAUGGCGGUGGGAAUAAUGGGAAUAACGGCGGGAAUGGAAAUAACGGUAAUGGAGGUGGCUGGGGAGGGAGAUCGAAUGGACCGCAGUGUUACAAAUGUGGGAAGUAUGGGCAUAUUGCGAGAGAAUGCUGGAUGAAGAAGGGCAGACCGGCGCAGCAAGAUGACGAAGUACACCUAUUCGUUCGAGAUUUGAUGAAGGAAAGGGAGGAGAAACGGAAACGAGAGGAAGAAGAAGAGAAGCAACGUCUUAAGGUAGAGAAGGAGAGGAAGCGGGAGCUUGAUUUGGCGAGAAGGACCGAAGAGAUGAGACUGCAAUUACAGGCUGAGAUUGCAGAGAAGUGGAGGAAACAACAGGAAGAGGCAGCUGAGAAGAUUAAGGCAGUGAACGCGACUGUGGUCGAAGGGAAAGGGCCUAAGAGUCCUAAGAGCCCGAAGACUUUACCGAAGAGCAAGAGUAUUCGAAGAAGUAAAGAGAAGAGAAACGACACAAAGACUAGAAGACGGAAGAUGGAAGUCAGGCGACUGGUUGUCACGUCUUCAUCCUCAGAAACGGACGAAGACUCUUCAAUGGAUAGUGAUGGUUCCACAGAUUCGGAUCGCGGAGCGCUCAAGAUCAUUAAAAAGCUCCGAGAGGCGAAGAAGAAAAACAAAGGCAAGAAGUCGAAGGCUAACACGGUCAGGACAAACAAGAAGGAUCCGCCUAGAACUUGGGAAAAAGGGGAGUGCUCGAAACGCUCGUACACACCGGUAUCGACACUCGGUGACGACGCGGAGCCUAAGACACCACUUACGAAAGGGUAUAAAGGGAUCGCUGCAGGGUGCUCCCAAGAGGCCAUGGUAGACUAUACACUAUCCGUAAUGAAACAACUCUCCUCGAAGAAGGUGUCUGAACUGAAGGAGAUGUGUGAAAAGCACAGCAUCAAGCCGGCCAAGAAAGAUGAGAUGGUGAGAGGACUGGUGAGAAAACAAACUGAAGUCGCCUAUGAUGGUUUCUUCACUACCCUAUUGGCGAAGAAGACUACCUCGAUGCGGAUUGGAGAGGAGAAGCCGCGGACCCAGAGAACACCGGAAGAGGUGGUGAAAUCGAGGAUCAUCACCAGGGGCAAGGCGAAGAUGACCGAGACACCCAGAGUUGUUCUCCGAUCAGCGACCUCCGGAGGAUCAACACACGAGUCCGCUCCAGAAUCGGAUUGACAACCACCGCCCACGUCGAAGGACGAGCUUUGGACGA